AGGUAUGUUGACAAAGGGCUGGUGACAGAAGGAUGUAGUGUGGCCUUGGUGCUUCAUUGGUGGCCACCUGUUUCUCAGGUCACCCCUCAUAGGCUCCUCCCAGUCUGGGCCAAAAACCAGAGGCACGGGGGAGCCCUACAGCGGAGAUGAAGUGUGAAAACUGCACCAAAACGGAAUGUAGUAAGAAGAAGAAGACUGAGGAGAAUGGAGAAAUCCUUGAUGCCCCGGCUCUGGCAGAUGGAGAGGAGAAAAGCGAGUUCCACCGGCUGGCUGACGCUAAAAUCUUCUUGAGUGACUGCCUAGCGUGUGGCAACUGUGUGACAUCAGAGGAAGGGGCUAAAAUCUUUGCCCAGAACCAGAAAGAACUUUUCAAAGUUCUCAACCUUAACAAGAAAUGUGACUCAUCGCUGCACAAGUUGGUGGUGGCAUCCGUCAGUCCGCAGUCAGUGCCUUAUUUUGCCGUGAAGUUUCAUCUGUCUGUCUGCGAGGCAGCGAAGAAGCUCUGUGGUUUUCUGAAGAGCCUCGGAGUGCACCAUGUGUUGGACACAACCAUUGCCGCUGACUUCAGUAUCUUGGAGACUCAGAAAGAUUUCAUCCAGAGGUUUAGGAGACAAACCCAGGAUGAGCAUGCCUUCCCCAUUUUUGCCUCUGCUUGCCCAGGGUGGGUGCAGUACGCAGAAAGAGUUUUGGGGGGCUCUGUAACACCCCACAUCUGCACAGCCAAAUCCCCACAGCAGAUCAUGGGAUCACUUGUGAAAGGAUAUUUUGCCUCCAGCAAGAACGUCUCUCCUGACAAAAUCUUCCACUUGAUGGUGGCUCCUUGUUAUGACCGAAAAUUGGAGGCCUUACGGGAAGAUUAUUAUACUGAGCUGUAUAACUGUCGGGAUGUUGACUGCGUUCUGACCUCAGGGGAGGUGAUGCAAAUUAUGGAACAGAAGAAUAUUUCUGUCAAAGAGGUGGAGGAAUUCUCACUAGGAAAUGUGUUUGGGGAAACAAGCUGUGAAUUUGUACGCCAUGAAGGUACCAGUUCUGACGGGUAUCUAACAUACGUGUUCCGGCAUGCAGCAAAGGAGCUGUUUGACAUGGAUGUGCAAGAGAUCACUUACAAGGCACUAAAGAACAAAGACUUCCUGGAGGUAUCCUUAGAGAAGGAUGGUGAGACUGUUCUGCGUUUUGCUGCUGCGUACGGCUUCCGUAACAUCCAGAAUAUGGUGCUUAAACUACGCAAGGGGAAAUUCCAUUAUCACUUCGUCGAAGUGUUGGCCUGCCCAGGAGGAUGCCUGAAUGGGAAGGGGCAAGCACAGCCGAUGGAUGGAAAGGUAGAGAGGGCUCUACUGCACGAGAUGGAGGAAGUGUAUACACGUGUCCCAGUCCAGAACCCAGAUUCCAACCCUCACAUACAAGCUCUAUAUGAGAACUGGCUCCAGGGAGCUGAAUCCCAGAAAUCCAAGCAGACCCUACACACCAAAAUAGCAGCCAGCACCCAGAGUGCAGCCCGCUUGGAUAUGAAAUGGUGAUGGUAUCUGGGUGCUAGUGCUCGCCCCAGACUGUUACUGUUUUCUAUGCAACGGUAAAGUGAAUUCAGCUGUCUCCUAGUGGCCGAUGGGAGACUCUUAGCCACUCCCUGUCUUCUUCAGCUGCCUUGAAUUACUCCUGUGGAACUGUAGCCGGUAGCCUUGAAUCACUAUGGAUUCCUUUCCAGCCGAGGGAAAUGCAUUAUGAGAACCAUGUUGUUGUCCUGUCUGUGUUACAAUAACUGUCCUGUACGUGGUGUGGUUGGGGUCAAACCGAAAGCUGAAUUUUUCCAGACCCCGGAGGGCAACUCGUCUGUUAAUAUCUAUCGUCUGUAGAUAUUAAGUACAUGAAAUCAAUUUGACAAACUAUAGUCCUGGAUAAGCCUGAUGCGUUAAAGGUACAACAACCCUAAUACACGGUUUGGACCAAAGAACUUGUUUAAAGCUUUAGCCACUUACCUGCUGUAGGUCAUAGCCCAGGGUACGGCAGCCUCAUAUGAUUUUGUUUCUGCUUGCCCAUUAGAAUGGGGGAUCCACUCCUAUUUCAUUUAUUGCCUGCCAGACUUUUUUUGAACAGGAGGUUAAUAGUACAGAGGAAAUUUACAUCCCCUGGUACCACAUGCAAUAAAAUUCUGGGUGUUAAAAAAGUGCUUUUCUGAUGAUUUGGUAACAAUUGCUCUAUAUCAUUUUCUGUCCAGGGUAACUGUGGGCUUCUCCAUGCUGGGCUAAUAGUCCUGGUUCUGAGAACCUGCUGUCUUUGCUUGGAAACUAUUUUGCCCAUCUUAAACCGCUUUGCACAGCCACAUCAGAACAUCCAGAACAGUUGCAGGUUUAUGCCUGUACAAGCAACUGGUGCUGUCUCUGUAAUGGCAAACCACUUUUCUUGUCUCUAUGGGGUAUAUUUAUCAAAGAGUGAAGGUGAGGUCGCUACAGUCAGCUAGAGUGAAAUUCCGCCACUCUCCAUUCAUUUCUAUGUCAUGCACAUGGAAAUAGCUGCUUCUGAUUGUGGCACUGUUCUACUCAUCGUGAUAAGCUGAAGCCCAUGUAGUGACCUCUACCAUUCCCACUGCAUACCAAUUGUGGGUAUGAAUACAUGGCAUUUGGAUAACUCAACUAGAAGUUGUCCAGUAUGCUGAUAUUUAAAGGUGCUCACUCUGUCACCUUUUGGGUUACGGAGCGUCUGUUUUUCUCUGGGUGCUGACAUUUUUUUUUUGCUGCCAAGAGACUUGGCAAAUGUCUCUUUUUUGAUUUUUAAAAGCAACUGAUGUUGGAACUUAAAGGGAUACUGUCAUUGGAAAACAUGCUUUUUCAAAAUGAAUCAGUUAA